GCUCCCAGUGCGCGGCGCGGUGGCGGCUGCCGGUGCUCCCGGUCUCGAGGCGGCGGGCGGAGAUGGCGGAGGGGGUGCUGAGCGCCGGCGUCAACCUGGAGGCCUUCGCCCAGGCCAUCGCGGCCAUCCAGGCGCUGCGCUCCAGCGUCACGCGCGUCUUCGACUGCCUGAAGGAUGGCAAGCGCAACAAGGAGACGCUGGAGGGCCGCGAGAAGAGCUUCGUCUCCGCCUUCCAGGAGAGCCUCCACUCCGUCAGCCGGGACCUGGGAGAACUGGAGCGUCUGAGCAACCUCGUUGGCAAGCCGUCUGAGAACCAUCCUCUCCACAACAGUGGAUUGUUGAGUCUCGAUCCUGUGCAAGACAAAACUCCUCUCUACAGUCAGCUACUUCAGGCCUACAAAUGGUCAAACAAGUUGCAGUAUCAUGCAGGACUGGCGUCUGGCCUGCUGAAUCAGCAGUCCUUGAAGCGGUCUGCGAACCAGAUGGGAAUGUCUGCCAAGCGAAGGCCAAAGGCCCAGCCAACCACCCUCGUGCUCCCUCCUCAGUAUGUUGAUGAUGUGAUCAACCGUAUUGAUAGAAUGUUUCCUGAAAUGUCCAUUCACUUAUCCAGGCCAAAUGGAACAUCUGCAAUGUUGAUGGUCACCUUAGGGAAAGUGUUAAAAGUCAUCGUGGUGAUGCGGAGCCUCUUCAUCGACCGAACAAUCGUAAAGGGGUAUCACGAAAACGUCUACACAGAAGAUGGCAAGCUUGACAUUUGGUCCAAGUCCAACUAUCAAGUAUUCCAGAAGGUGACCGACCAUGCCACGACUGCCCUGCUGCAUUACCAGUUGCCCCAGAUGCCCGACGUGGUGGUCAGGUCCUUUAUGACCUGGUUAAGGAGUUACAUAAAGCUGUUCCAGGCUCCGUGCCAGCGCUGCGGAAAGUUUCUGCAGGACGGCCUGCCGCCCACCUGGCGGGAUUUUCGGACGCUGGAAGCCUUCCACGACACGUGUCGGCAGUAGCCUGCUCCAGAGGCUGAUGGGCGUGUGCGGAGGAGGGAGCAGACGUAAAGACGGGUCACCUGUCAGACAGCAGGCAGCUCGCGUCUCUGCUGCCUUGCCGAGCAGCAGCGUUGGGGCUUCCUCCUCCGCCAGCUUCGGUGCAAAACGAGCCCCGGAUCGUGGGCUGCUUCAAAAGGUUCCACGGCCCUGAUUGAGUUCAGCUGAGCGCAGGGCGACAGAAAGGGAACGGUGGGGAGGUUAAGGUCCUCGGUCCUCUUUGGAAACACGGGACUUUCCAGCGCAGAAGUUUAUCCUUUGGGAUCAAGCCUUCAUCUCCACUGACCGUGAACAUCCGAUGCUUUUCAAGGGGAUGUUCAGUACAGCUUUUGUCAGCAUUUUAUUUUUGUAAAAUAUGAAUAAAAACCAACAUUCAAC